CUCUUCUUCCCUGCCGAUCCCCGCUCGCAUCACCUCGCUCCAGCCUCCAUGGCAGCCCCAGCCAUCACCAGCAAGGACAAGGAGGAGGCGGCUGCGGCUCCCCAGCCGAAGCAAGGGGAGAGCAAGGUGUUCUCCAGGCUGUUCACCAGGGAGAGCUCCGCGGCGGCGCCGUCCUUGCGGGUGUACUACGGCGUCGCCUCGGCGGGCUCCGUGCCCUUCCUGUGGGAGUCGCAGCCGGGCACGCCCAAGCACGACGACGACGCCGUCGCCACGGCCACCCUGCAGCCGCCGCUCACGCCGCCGCCGUCGUCCUACUACACCGCCAGGCAGCAGCGGCAGACCUCCUCCGCCACGGUCGCCACCGGCAAGAACAAGAAGCUGUCCAAGCAUUAUUACACCAGCGUCUUCAGCGCCAUCCUGCCCAAGAUGAUCCUGCACAGGCGGUCGUCCAGGCCGGCCUCGUCGCGCUCCGCGUCCUCCCGCUCCUCCUCCUCCUCGUGGUCUGCGGCGCUCGCCUCCUCGGCCGCGUCGUCGCUGUCGUUCCGCAGCGCGCGGUCGCCCGCCGCGUGCAGCUCGUCGUCGAGGCGGAGCCGGGUGUUCGCGUUCUCGGCCGCGGACGUGGACGGCAGCGAGGAGGAGGAGGAGGAGCAGGCGGCGGCGCCGAUGUGCUUCAGCGUGCGCCACGAGAGCUUCCGGGCGCUCCGGGGCUGCCGCGUCGCCAUGACGGUGAAGAGCGCCCUGGCGUCCGUCGGCGGCCACGGCCACGCUGCUGGGCCCACCGCUGCACAGAAGGUGUAGUGCUCAAGUGCUCUCGAUCUAUCUGCAGUUAACCUCAUGGAGUCAUGGUCACGGUGCCGCCAUCGCCAUGCAUGUUGUCGCUGUUGCUUGGAUCGAGAAACGGCGGUGUACCUUGUGUAUGCCUGUCUCAGUUCACGGAGUAAUGUUGAAAUUGAAACCUACUGUAUCUCAGGAAGAGGAGCUCGUCAAAGUGUUAUGUAUAAUAUGGUCAUUACUC